UGGUCAGAUAGCACUACGGUAGGCGCGAGUGACGGUUCGUCUUCGCCCUCACACACAGCGGUUCUUGAUCACAUCAAUUCAUCUCACCGAAACAUCCAUUACCAUGACUGAGGCAGCAUUUCAGAAAGCGGCAGAGGAGGUCAAACAUCUGAAAGCGAAACCGACAGAUGCUGAGAUGCUGGAGAUUUACAGUCUGUACAAACAGGCCACCGUAGGAGAUGUAAACACAGCUCGACCCGGCAUGUUAGACUUUGCUGGCAAGGCCAAAUGGGACGCGUGGGAGGCAAAGAAAGGUAUCAGUAAAGAGGCUGCCAGGGAAGCGUACAUUUCUAAGGUUGAGGAGUUGAAAGGCAAAUACGAAAUCUAAUGGUUGGAACCCAUCGCUGGCCAGCCUGCCUAAAGCUGUACUGUUCUCCAAUAUAAACGCCUUAAAGUCUGCUUCGUGUCCCCCUGUAAAGGGAGUUACAGUUCCAUUGUAGCAUACAGAGUCUGUUCUGUGUCAGAGAACAAGCACAUUCCUCGCAGACCGAAUGAAACCGUCCAGCAGCAAUCAUGUAGUGAAAAGAUCCAAUGAAAUGUUUUUCAAAAACUUGGUUUAUAUUGUGUCUACUUUACAGUGUUGAUAUAAAACAUGAUUGUUGGCUUUACCCACAAAAC